GAAACAACUUGUGGACUUGGACAGGGAUGACUAGGUGGGCUGUGACAAGCAUGAAUUAGCAGGCAGAACCUAGAACUGCGACACAACCAGAUGGACUUAGUACAGGGACAGGAAUGAUCAGGCGGGGUAGUCCUGAGGCGUCGUCUAGGACCUCAUCCUCCCAACAUCCUUAAAAAUACAAUUUUGAAUAAAAUAAAAAAAUUACAAUAGUGGUGCAAAAACCUCUCCUACAGAGAAACACGGAGAGGUCAGACAUUAAAAUAAGACAUCUGUAGCACACCUUCUAUUUUUCUUCCGGUACAUUCCGUACGUACGGCAGUAAAUUAUUAUGGUUGUCCAGGGAAACAUCAUAUUUUGGUAAGUUUUUAGCGUAUUUUGACAUUAUAAUGCUUGCAAGCAGGUUAUUGGGUAUUAUUUAUCCGUAGAUACGUCUUCUGGCACUUGGAAACUGAAGCAGUCUACACUGUCUACAAGGUUUGAGUAUACUCAGCUAAAACGUCAGUGAUUGGCUGAUUCCUUUAAAGCGACGCAGAUGAUUGGUCAAUCUGUUCGUAGAGUAGCAUUGGCUGCAUGAAUGAGUGAAACGACUGCUGCUGCUGAUGCUGUGACCUGGAGCUUGGUGUCAGCAUCAGGACCGACCGUGCAUGAAACAUAACAGUGUCAAGUGGCUACAGAGAAAAAAACGGACAAGACCCAGUUGACUGUUGACUGAAGGUUUGAUUUUGAGGUCUUGUGCAUGGCAUUAUGGGGUCCUUCAGCAGACAGGAGUUCUUCCAUGAGCUUGCUGAGGGCUGCCUGGUGCCCACUGCUCAGCAGGGCUUGGAGCAGGUCUGGAGGCUUCUCAUCAUCUGUUUUUUAUGCCGACUCCUCUGGAUUCUGGGCCUCCCGUCCUAUGUUAAACACUUGAGCACUGUGGUGGGAGGGUUCUACACCCUGUACCUGUUCUUUGAGCUCCACAUGGUCUGGGUGGUGCUUCUCAGUCUGCUUUGCUACCUCAUCCUCUUCCUCUGUCGGCACUCCAGUAACCGGGCCACCUUCCUCUCCAUCACUAUCGUCAUUUACCUGCUCAUGGGAGAGCUGCAUAUGAUGGACACUACAACCUGGCACAAAAUGAGAGGUUCCCAAAUGGUGGUUGCCAUGAAGGCCAUUUCCCUGGCGUUUGACCUGGACCGGGGCGUGCUGGUGGAUGUGCCGUCUCCUGUGGAGUUCAUGGGCUACAUCUACUUUGUUGGGACUGUCAUAUUUGGGCCCUGGAUCAGCUUCUCCAGCUACAGAGAGGCUACAGAGGGCCGCAAGCUGAGUUUCUCCUGGAUAUGGAAGGUGUGUGUCAGUUGGGUGAAGAGCCAAAUCUGUCUGUUGAUCUCCAACUGUGUGGCUCCCUACCUCUUCACUUACUUCAUCCCCGUCUACGGGGACAAGCUGCUACGCCACAAAACAAAAAAGAAAAUCAGAGGUUCUGUGGCAAGGUGGCUCCUGGCCUACGAGAAUGCCCUCUCAUUCCACUUCAGCAACUACUUUGUUGGUUACUUGAGUGAGACCACCACCACUCUGGCCGGAGCAGGCUUCACUGAGGAGAAAGACAACCUCAAAUGGGAUAUGACGGUUGCGCGGCCCUUGCAUGUUGAGUUUCCCAGGUCCAUGGGGGAGGUGGCCAGCUCAUGGAACCUGCCUAUGUCCAGCUGGCUCAACACUUACGUUUUCACCAGUGCUCGCAAUCUUGGGACCUUCCCCGCCAUCCUAGUGACAUACACCACCAGUGCACUUCUGCAUGGUCUGAGCUUCCACCUGGGUGCAGUACUGCUGUCUCUCGGCUUCAUCACGUACAUUGAACAUGUUUUGCGGAAGAGACUGGCCGCAAUUUUUAACGCGUGUAUUCUAUCAAAGAAAUGUCAGCAAAACUGCACUCACAAGAACAAAAAGGCUGUUUGGGUGUACAUCGUUAACUUGGCCUUUAGCUUCCUGGCCGUCUUCCACCUGGCAUAUCUGGGUUCUCUGUUCAACUCCAGUGUGGACUACAUGGAAGAAAAUGAUGAGAGUGACGUGGCCAACCACACAAUUCAGAAGUGGUCGGAGCUAAGUUGGGCCAGUCACUGGGUGACGUUUGGAUGUUGGGUGCUCUAUCGCAUCAUCCUCUAGAUCGUGUGUGUGUGUGUAUGUGUUUGUAUGUGUGUGUGUGUGUGAGUUGGGCACAGAAAGAUGGAGAAGAGAAGCAAUAACAAGAGGUAAUUGCCUGUUGAGGAAAGACUGGCUCUCUUCCCUGCACUGUGAGGACCUCCAGUAUUGGACUGAAGAGUAAACACAUCCGCUAAUAUGUACAGGACAGUAUAUUAACUAUUUUACUCAACACCAACAUGCAGUGCUCAGGACACAGCCUAGGAGAUGGGACUAUCUACUUACUGUAACCUGCUGGUGACAACAUAUUUUUGAUACCCUUGAAAUAAUGAAUCACUCUUACUUAAUCACAACCUUUUGUUUGAGCUGCUGCGUUUCCCUGGAGAGACAGCUGACAUCGAUCAACAGCAAAUGCCGAUAUGACCUCUCAUCGAUUCCCAAUCAAUACUUGUUCUGUCAGUAUGGUUGUGGUCAAUCAUUCACUUUCCCUUAUGGACAACUAACCUGUUUUCUAGCUUUCAGAUAUGACUGAGUAUUCCAUUGUAGUAUUGUUUUCCUUAUUACAAUGCUACAUUUAAUUAUUAAACACUACUUAGGUAUUACACCCUACUUAGUUAUUACAUCUGUAGAAUAUUUAGUGCCAGAUUAAACAGGGGGAAAGAAAUUGGCUGCAACUUUCCUUUGUAGAUUUGACUAGGAAAAAUGGAAGUUUGUAUUUUUCCUGUUUUUAAUUUUAUUUAUAGAAAUAUUAAUGUUAAUUGUUUGUGUAUUUCUUACUAUGUUUAUCCGUCCAGUCAUUUGAGCCAUUAUUCUGAUUGUCCUGUUAACAACUGUGUAACUGAUAUAUUCACUAAUAAUUGUAGUUUAGUCAAAAACAUUUGGAUUUGGUUUUUAUCUGCUGUAAAGCUGAUUUUGAAAAUGCGUAACUUCCUGUUUUAGAUGCACAAAUAAGAUGUAAUUUGAAGUUAGUAACUAAAGUUUUUGGCAAUUUUUUGACAUGCUGCUCUUUUUAACAUUCAUGAUUCCAUAUGGCUCCUGAAUACACUGCACAUAAACCGAAACAUACAUGAGUCUUGUGUUCACGGACAGCCCAGAAAAGCCCAGGGCUUUUAUUGUUUUAAAUGUCUUGCUUUUAUUUCUGCUACACAUUAGUCACUGGGACCAUUACAUUGGGAUAUGGUGAGGUUCAAAGUGACACAUUAACUCUAGCACUUUAAAAUUAUACAAUGACUAUGAAGUGCUGACUGGCAGCUUAAAUGUUAGGGAAUUUUCACAACUUUCUACAUUAAUGUGGAUGGUACCAAAAUUGCGGCUAAUGCAGAAUGAAUUUUGAGUAACAAAUACUAGAUUUAGGGACAUUAAGCCAGUCUUCAGGAGUAUUAUCUUGGUGUUUAUGUGACUUCUCAUUCUCAAAUCAUUCUGGAUUAUAAUGUAAUUAUGGUAGUGUGUACAUGAGUGUGGGAGUGUUUCUUAGUUUACAUUAAAUGGUCUCCAAAAUAACCCAGUACAAUUUUGGCCUUUUAUUUGCACAUAUUUAUUUAAAAAACAGCCGAAAUAUAAAACAGCCGAAAUAUACUGCAGAUGCAUUAUGUUUGUACAAACUGAUGUAGUCAUUAACUGCAAGACAAUGGGACAGAAAAACUGUACAUUUGUUCUUUAAUGCACCUAUUAUGUAUUUGUAAAAAUACUUUUGGUUCCAUAAAUGUGGUGACUAUACAGAAAUUGCUGUAAUUUCAAAACGGUAUAACAGUUCAAAUUAAAAUAAUAUACAAAGUAAUUGUAUAUUUAAAAUCCAAAUUCAAAUCCACAACAUAGUUCUCUGUUCAAAUUCUUUUGGACCUCACUGUAUGUAACAUAUACUGUAAUUGAUUAGGCCAUUCCCUUAGAAUACAUGGUCCUUAUCUUCCAUGUAAUGUACAAGUGCAUUGCCUUAUCACACCACCUUGGGCCACUCUAGUAAAAUAUUGACCUUUGUUUUGUCAGAAUCUUCCCUUUAUGUGUGAAGCAGAUAGAGGUCUAGGAUACUUUUUUAUUAAAAUGUCUCAAAACGGAA